GAAAUCACCGUUACGGCCAGUGUCCAAAUCCCCGCGUCGCUGCACGCCGCCCGCCCGCCCGCUCCCAAGCCUCAGCCACCGGCGGCGAAUAGAGACUAAAGCGGCAGCGCCGGCAGCGCGGGGCCGUUGCCCAGUGUUUGCAGUUAGAACCCCAUCUCUCUGGCGUGGUUGUUAAUAGACUGGAAAGUCUGUGUCUGUGUCGCUCACUAGUAACCGUGAGUUUUUACCACUUCGUCACCUCUCGGCGGCGGCCGGGAGCAGGUACCCGCAGGCGGCGCAGGGGUCCCCCCCGCGCCCCGCCGCCGCCGGCCUCGCAGACCUGUCCUCCAGCCCCGCCCCGUUCUUGACCAAACAUGACAGACUCUGAACAUGCAGGGCACGACAGAGAAGAUGGUGAAUUAGAAGAUGGUGAAAUAGAUGAUGCAGGACUUGAAGAAAUACAAGAACAGGAAGCAAAAGAGGAUGAAAAGCACAAAAAUGAGAAAGCUUAUAGAAAAUCAAGGAAAAAACACAAGAAAGAAAGAGAGAAGAAAAAAUCCAAAAGAAGAAAACGUGAAAAACAUAAGCAUUCUCCAUCUAGUGAUGAUAGUUCAGACUACAGCCUUGAUUCAGAUGUUGAACAUACAGAAAGUUCCCACAAAAAAAGAGCUGGUUUCUACAGGGAUUAUGACAUUCCAUUUUCUCAGCAUGGACAUUUAUCAGGAAGCUACAUGACAUCAAAGAAAAGUCAACAUAACAAAAAAUUUAAAAGUAAAGAAUAUGAUGAGUACAGUACAUACAGUGAUGACAACUUCGGUACCUACAGUCAGGAAACAGAGGAAGAUUUUGCCAGUCAGCUAAAACAAUACAGACAAGCUAAAGAAACCUCAGCUACUGCUUUAGGAUCAUCAUUUUCUAAAGAACCAGGGAAAAAACAAAGGAUGAAAGUUCAGCAAGGUAUUGAACAGAGGGUUAAAAGUUUUAAUGUUGGUCGUGGACGUGGUUUGCCGAAGAAAAUCAAACGCAAAGACCGUGGGGGAAGAACCAAUAAAGGGCCUAAUAUGUUUUCAGGAAUGGAUGACUUUCAAGAGUAUAGUAAACCAGGAAAAAAAUGGAAGGUUAUGACUCAGGAAUUCAUUAAUCAGCACACAGUGGAACACAAAGGAAAACAAAUCUGUAAAUACUUUUUGGAAGGAAGAUGUAUUAAGGGAGAUCAGUGUAAAUUUGAUCAUGAUGCAGAGUUGGAGAAGAGAAAAGAGAUCUGCAAAUUUUAUUUACAAGGAUAUUGUACCAAAGGAGAGAACUGCAUUUAUAUGCAUAAUGAAUUUCCGUGUAAGUUCUAUCAUAGUGGAGCAAAAUGUUACCAAGGAGACAACUGUAAAUUUUCACAUGAUGAUCUGACUAAAGAAACAAAGAAACUUUUGGACAAAGUGUUGAACACUGAAGAAGAAGCCAUAAAUGAAGAUGAACGAGAAUUAGAAGAACUUAGAAAACGGGGCAUAACUCCUCUUCCCAAACCACCUCCAGGAGUUGGUCUUCUGCCAACCCCACCAGAGCAUUUUCCCUUUUCUGAUCCUGAAGACGAUUUUCAGACAGAUCUCUCUGAUGAUUUUAAGAAAAUCCCAUCUCUUUUUGAAAUAGUUGUAAAACCUACUGUGGAUUUAGCACAUAAGAUUGGGAAGAAGCCACCAGCAUUUUAUAACAGUGCCUCACCACCAGGACCACAAUUUCAGGAAAGCAGCCCACAUCCUCAACAUAUCUAUAGUUCUGGAUCAAGUCCAGGUCCUGGACCUAAUAUGUCUCAGGGACACAAUAGUCCUGUGAUGCACCCAGGCUCUCCCGGACAUCAUCCAUGUGUAGCAGUGCCACACAGCCCACCUUUGCCGCCUGCUCCACCUGGAAUUUUAGGUCCUCACGGUCAAACUGGAGCACUUGUUCAACCAGAUACACCUUUGACACCACCAAGUAUGAGUGGUACUUACCAUUGCUUUCCAGAACACAUGAUGAAAGUAGCUAGAGAGAAUCACUGUUCUCCAGGUUCAUCGUACCUGCAAAGUACUGGUGAAAUGCAGCUCAGCACCAAUUACGAAUCCCUACAAAACCCAGCUGAAUUUUAUGAUAAUUACUAUUCACAGCAUGCUGUACAUAAUUUUCAGCCUCCCAAUAACUCUGAUGAUGGGAUGUGGCAUGUUGACUUUGCCCAGCAUCAGCCUCCCAUUGUUCAAGACUCCCCUAACUGUGGGAGUGGAUCUAACGGUAGCACCAACAUGACAGGCCAUGGCCCCCUGCCUGCACCAGGUCUCCCCCCAGCAGUGCAUCGAGCUCUUUUUGUCAGACUUACUCAGAAGUACCAAGAGGAAGAUGAACCAAGCAGCACCCAGCCUCACAGGGCACCAAGCAAGGAAGAAGAUGAUACUGUUAACUGGUAUUCCAGUAGUGAAGAGGAAGAAGGAAGCAGUGUGAAGUCAAUACUGAAAACAUUACAGAAACAAACAGAAACUUUAAGGAGUCAGCAACAGCCUUCCACAGAACUCAGCACUCCUACCGAUCCAAGACUUGCUAAAGAGAAAAGCAAGGGAAACCAAGUUGUUGACCCUAGACUUAGGACUAUCCCAAGGCAAGACAUGAGAAAAUCUUCUGAGUCUACCCCAUUGGAUCUCAGACUUGCAUGGGAUCCCAGGAGACUAAGAGGGAAUGGAAGCAGUCAUGUAGGAUCUUCUGUUGGUGGAACAAAGUUUGAUUCACAUCAUGCAAAUGCUGGCCCUGUCAAACACAAAAGAGGAGAUGACGAUGAUGAAGAUACAGAAAGAGAAUUGAGAGAGAAAGCUUUCUUAAUACCUUUGGAUUCUUCCCCUGGCAUAAUGCUCCAGGAUCCAAGGUCACAGCUAAGGCAGUUCAGUCACAUUAAAAUGGAUAUUAUCCUAACCAAACCCAACUUUGCAAAACACAUCGUGUGGGCUCCAGAAGACUUACUUCCAGUCCCUUUACCUAAACCUGACCCAGUAUCUUCAAUCAAUUUACCUCUGCCCCCUCUUAUAGCUGACCAGAGGCUCAAUAGGUUAUGGAAUACAAAAAGUGAUCUUCAUCAAAACACAGUGCCCGUUGAUUCGAAAUCAGCAGCCAAAGCCAAAGUGAAUACAACAAACAGAGAAGGCUACCUAGAACAAUUUGGAGACUUACAUAGUUCAGGAAGUAAAUUAGGAGAUCCUAGGCUGCAAAAAAAUUUUGAUCCCAGACUUCAUAGACUGCACAGUACAGAGUCUCACCCAGCGGUUAUGAAGGACUCACAUACAUUAAAGGGCACCCCUCAUUUAGCCAGGUCAAACCCUGCUUCAUCACAGCCCACAGGGGCAGUGACUAGCAGUUCUGGGCCAGGGGCUUUGCCUCCAUAUGCCCCUAAACUCUCCUCUUCAGCUGGCCUUCCCCUGGGAACUCCAAGUUCAGUUCUUAGUGGCAUUAGUUUGUAUGACCCUAGGGAGCAUGGUUCAUCAUCUACAUCAGAGCUAGCAACAGAAAAUGCAGAGAACCAGAAAAAAAGUAGUUUAAAAAGUAGUGACAAAAAUGACCCUUCUCCUGGAGAAGCAGUCCUGCCACAGAAAACCAGUGCAAAUGUGGAAGCCACUGUGGAUGGGCUGGCUGACCCACAGGCAGAUAUUCUCAGGAGUUCUGGUGUGGUUCAGGUCCCAGCAGUGCACAGUCUUCCUAUUCAGGCAUUAACAGGCUUAAUUAGACCCCAGUACAGUGAUCCAAGGCAGUCCCGGCAGCCAGGACAGAUGAGCCCCACCCUAGAAAGUGAUCCCAAUAGAGAACCAGAUGACAAAUCUCUGAAGGAGGUUUUUAAAACUUUUGAUCCAACUGCUUCACCAUUUUGUUAGCUAUUGUGUAAUUAAGCAAUUCUUUUCACUCUGUGACUAUUGCAGUCCUCUGCUGUUUUGUAACUGGUUUACCUCUAUAGUUUAUUUAUUUUUAAAUUAUAAAUACUUUUCAGCUGCUAGUAUCAGAACCACAUGAAGUUAUAUCCUCUAAAGCCUGUGGUAUUUUAUAUAAUAUUUUUAUAACUUUAAGAGACUGUAGUAACUGACAUAGAAACCUAUAUAUCAUGUUAGCUUCGGUAAAAGUACUUUUAUCAUAAACCAUCAUGAACUCAACACCCUGCCCAAAUAUAUGCCAUUUGUCUUUCAUAAUCAAUGUUUAGAUAAAUGAUUACCACUUUUAUAUGGUUGUUAGUUUCAAGCAAUAUUAUGUACAUUACUUUUGAGCAACAGUAUUUUGACUAGGAUCUUCUCUAUUUGUCAACACAGAACUGAUUAAUAUGUAAUGCUAACUGCUAACUAAAAUGUAAAUGAAGUAAAGAAAACAUUUUAAAAAUCACAAUUAGCAGAGCAGUUUGUGUUUAAGGGCAUCACUUUUAUUAGUAUUGGCAAUAUUAUUUGUGUAAAUGAAGCAUUUGAAUGUCAUAUCUUUUAAAAGUAUUUUAUUCUAUACUGUAUCAUAGAAGUUGGAGAUAUAUAGAUUGUUUUUGCUAAAGUGAAAAACUCCUCAAGUUCUCUAACAUAAUUUUUUAAAUUUAAUUUUUCAUAUUAAAUAGUUAUGAGUUCUUGCUGUGUCACAUUGUGAUGUUUAUGUGUUUCAAUGUGUUUUUUGUCUUUAGCAGCAUAAUUUAUAUUACUUUUUCAAAUGAUGUAGCUGCAAUAAUUGUAUUCAUCAUGACUUUGGUAAUUUUUAACAAAAUUUUAAAAGAUCCAGUGACAGUCUGUAGUGAUUAUUGCAUUGAUGAUGUUUUAAUGUCCAGGUUCUAUAUUUUUUUCUUAAAUAGCAAGAAAACACAGAGAUGGUAUAAUCAACUGUAUAUGGCUACCAAUAAAGAAUCUCUUUCAGA